UAGCUCCUUUCCCUUCGUCUAAUUCCUCUGGGUAGUUCGUGUGGCUUGUUUACCCUUUUCUUCUUCUUCUUCUUCUCUCUGCUCUUCUUUCUUGCCGGCCCCUUCAAAACGGACCGUUAGUAUUCGUCUGUGUGCCAAUGGAGCGGUCGCAAGACAAUACUCCGUCCUCUGCUGAGGCCGUGUCGUAUCCGGCAUCAGGACACUCGUCGUCGCCCCCCGACUCGGAGCGGACGACAACGGGGCUAUACAUUACGACGUAUUCGGACAAUAAGGGACAUGAAGGGCAGACGGCGGGCUCGAAUGCCAACUCAGCCGCCAGCUCCAUGAUCGAGGGCAAGGAAGGCCAUAGCAACAACUCCGAGCGAGGAGGCCGUGGACAUAGCGAGCACAUAGAUAUUUACGACCCGAAUCGACCGAAGUUGGGAAUCCGCCAGAGGCUGCACCAUUUCACAUGGGCGUGGUUUACCUUGCCUAUGAGUACGGGCGGGUUGUCGUUGCUGAUCCACGCCCAACCUCAUCAGUUCCCCGGGCUUCGACAGAUCGGCUUAUUCGUUUACAUCGUCAAUAUCGUCAUAUUUGUCCUCCUGACCGCUGCCAUGUUAGCACGAUUCUUCCUGCAUCAGGGGGACUUUUACAAGUCUCUGUCUCACCCUCGUGAGGGCUUCUUCUUCCCAACGUACUUCUUGUCCAUCGCCACCCUCAUCACCAGCACUCAGCGCUACGCCAUUCCGGAGCACGACACGCCGCUCGUAUGGGCCAUCCAAACCGCCUUCUGGGGCUAUGUGAUCAUCACACUCAUACUGGCCGUCGGCCAGUACAGCUUCGUAUUCGCAAAGCACAAUUUCGAAUUGCAGACCAUGAUGCCGACCUGGAUCUUACCCAUCUUCCCCAUCAUGCUGUCGGGGACGAUCGCUUCCGUCAUCGCGCAUACGCAGCCCGAAAUCUCAGCCGUGCCUAUUGUCGUCGCUGGCAUGAGCUGCCAAGGGCUAGGACUAUCGGUCGCCAUCAUGAUGUACGCGCAUAUGGUCGGACGUUUGAUGUCAGCAGGUCUUCCCAAUCGCGAGCACCGCCCUGGGCUAUUCAUGAACGUGGGCCCGCCAGCAUUCACCGCGCUGGCUUUCAUCGGUAUGGCGAAUGGCCUCCCCGAGAACUUCGACAGGGAGAUGGACGGAAUUGUUGAUGCGCAUAUCAUCCGGACGUUUGCUCUCAUCGGCGCCAUCUUCUUGUGGACCCUGUCCCUCUGGUGGUUCUUCAUCGCCUUCAUUGCCGUGGUGGGCUCCCGUCCCAAGUACUUCCAUCUGGGUUGGUGGGCCAUGGUUUUCCCCAACACGGGCUUCGCUUUGGCGACCAUCUCGAUCGCGAACGAAUUGGGAAAUGCAGUGGUGCAGUGGAUAUCAACGGCGAUGUCGAUCUGCCUACUUGCCACGUACUGCUUCGUCUUGUACAGCCACAUCAGGGCUGUCAUCGUCCAGGACAUCAUGUACCCUGGACGAGACGAAGAUGUCAACGACCAUUAAAUCACAUAACACCAACACGCAGUUUGUUCUCAUUAUUUUUUUCUAGUCCUUAGCUUCGGAACGGCUAUGCGGACGAUGAGUGACGCCUUUUUCUACUAUAUCGCAGUUGUUUUU